GCUACCCUAGCAGUUCAAAAGCAUGCAAAAUGUGAGUAGAUAAAGAGGUACCACUUCGGCGGAAAAAGGCAAAAGAGAUGCUCCAAGCAGUCUUGCUGGCAACACAACAGAAAGGUGACAACAACAGAAAGGUGACAAUUUUCAACUUAGCUUGAAAAUGGAGAAGAACACCUCUCCCAGAGCCAGAGACGAGCACCGUCUCCAAAAGCCAGAACUGAAAGGAGAAGCCUUUGCCUUGUCUGUGUUUGUGUGUCUCAUUGUAUGCUAUUGUAAGGCAUUGAAUGUUUGCCUAUGUCUGCUAUAAAUGCUGUAAUCCACUCUGAGUCCCCUAGGGAAGAAGGGCAGAAUAUAAAUAAAAUGUGUUGUUGUUGUUGUUGUCAUUGUUGACAAAUGCACAUUUAGUUAAAGUUCUAAAAUCAAGUUGCUUCUUUUUGUCUUGGGAAUUUCAAACACAAUUUGACUGAUUUUAUCUAAUCGUUUUGCCCUAAGGGCUAAGGAUUGUGAGCUUGAACUUCCUCCAGUUUUGACAUUUCCAAAGAAAUGAAAUGAGAUGUUGAUUUGGAAAGAUGAGACAAUACUCCCUAUUAUUAUUGUGAAUCACUCACCACCCACUGCAUCAGUUUCCUCCAAUCAGCUCCGCUGAUAAAUAUUAUGUCAUGAAGCAAUUCGUUCAGAACAACUAGACCUUUGAACUGCACUGCUUUAUGGAUUCUGAUGAAGACUGCACAGACUUUUGCCUGAAGGAGGCAACGUUCUGAGUUUAGGCUGAUUUGGCAGCUUGGAAUCCAGCAGCAAUACCUCCAUCCUUGCUCAUCCUAUGGACUGAUGCUCUAACAUAUACUGUACUUAUAGUUUAAGGAACCAAAGUACUGUGUUUGAGCUCAUUUUAUCAGCUUGCAAUUCUGCAAUCAUGUCUCCAGUCCUUCUCAUCGUAGGGACUGUUGCUCUUGUGCAUAGUGUCUUUGCAGCACAGGCAAAAAAAUGUCCUGAUCCUGGACUCUUGAAGAAUGGAAAUAUACAUUUUACAGAUUUCAGCUACCCAAAUUUUAUAAACUUUUCAUGUGACCCAGGGUAUAUUCUUCAAGGACCUAACACCAGUCAAUGCCUAAAAAAUGGGCAAUGGAGUGCUAAGCUUCCUAAAUGUCAACCUGUGAUUUGUCCUCAACCUCCAGUUUGUGAAUUUUCAGUCCUUUUGUACCACAGACUUAAGCCAGGAAACAUAUCAGUCUUCCAAGACGAAAUCAAAUUUGAAUGUUUAUUGCCUUAUGCCCUGUUUGGAAAUGAAAUAGCUGUCUGUCAGGCUGAUGGGAAAUGGAGUGCAGUACCAGAAUGCAGAUCUGUAGAAUGUCCACGACCAGAUGGUAUAGAAAAUGGAUACAUAUAUUUGCUUCUUCGCAGACCAUACCAUUACAAAGAAACUGUGACCUAUGGUUGCAAUCCAACAUAUGUGCUGGAUGGACCUGUAGAAUCCAGAUGUGAGAAGACAGGCCAAUGGUCAAGAAAACCAACCUGCAGAGCGCCAUGUGCCAUUCCUGUCAAAAGAGCCACUGUGUUAUACAACAGUCAGAAAGUAAAAGUGCAAGAGCGCCUCAAGAAUGGAGUACAACAUGCGGAGUUCAUUUGGUUUUUCUGUAAAAAUAAAAAACAACACUGUAGUUAUAAAGUACCUGCUCAGUGUGAUGAUGGCAAGUUCACAGUCCCUGCCUGCUUCAGAGACCAGAGGAUUCAACUGUUCUGGAAAACAGACGUGGCAGACCUACCACCAUGUGAAACCAUUAGAAGAGGUGCAUAAGAGGAGCAUCCGAUUCACUCCUGCAUUACAUCAACCUGCAGUUGAAGGAAUAUCACCACCAGUAGAUUCUACACAGGCCUUUAGAAGUAAUUAUGCUUGCUGACUUUACAUUUAAGCUAUAACAUUUUUGAUUUAAUGGUACAUCUCAAGAUAUAUACAUGUAACUUUCUUAAAGUAUACAAGUGUGUAAAGAGUACUGUCCUAUUAAAGGAAAUUGUGUUACCAAUAGAUGUCAUAAUGUCACACUGGUUUUCUAAUAUGAUCAUUGUUACUUUUCUCUUCUUUUUAUACUUGCUUACACAUAUUUCUUUUCUGAUAUAACUAUGGUAUUGACCAAUGACCCACAGAAAUAUUUCUUGGGAGUUCAAAUUUAUGUCAAUGUUUAAUAUUGCAUUUCUUGUACAUUUCAGAAAAAAAAUGCUAAACUUUUGUUG